GGAAUGCAUCACAACUCUCCAGUUGUUCAGAAACUCUGAAGCGCUGAACUAUCGUUUUUUAACGCCCGAGUCCAAAAGAGAGAAAUUAACAGUCAGCUAUUUCUUACACAGUGCGACAAAGAAGACUUCCAUUCGUCUCUCGAAGGUCAAAAUGAGUUACAAACGAUUACUAAUUGCCUCUUCCAGACCAAGUGGACUGUCCAGGAUCAGUCAUUGCUUCCUUUUCCAAAGAAAUGAAUCCACGGUUAGUAUAAAAAGCGAAGAAGAUCGAAGGAGUCCAGGAAGUGCGUCGAAAGGACCUUCGCAUCUUUAUCAUCCCGGGUCGACACCGAUUCUCGAGCAGACCAUUGGUGAUCUAUUAAAACAGGCGGCUUACAAAUGGCCAGACCGCGAAUGCAUAGUUUCUCUUCAUCAGAACGUGCGGUUGACCUUUUCGGAGGUCCUGAAACGUGCUGAUAAACUGGCAGCAGGUUUGAAAAAAUUAGGACUAAACCAAGGCGACAGAAUCGGUCUUUGGGGUCCCAACGACGUCGAAUGGUUUCUGACAUUUAUGGCCACGGCCAGAGCAGGACUCAUCCUUGUGGCGAUUAAUCCAGCAUAUAGGCGCGAUGAACUCGUAUAUGCCUUGACAACGACAAACGUCAAAGUCCUGGUUUGCCCAGAAAGUUACAGAUCUCAAGACUAUGCUCAAAUGGUUCUACAGGUCAAAGAUCGCUGCCCCGCGCUGGAGCACUGCAUAGUCUACUCGGAAAAUCGUGUCGCAGGUACGCGUCAUUUUUCCGAUAUCGAGACCCUAGCUGGUAAAGCAGAAGUGCAGGCCAUUGCAGAGCAACAAGGGGAGAUUUCACCCUACGAGGGAUGCAAUAUACAGUUCACAUCCGGCACCACCGGAAAGCCCAAAGCCGCCCUUAUUUCGCACAGGUCCUUCGUGAAUAACUCCAGGCAGUGCUCGGAAAGGAACGAGUUGACGGGUAAACACGACAAGAUCUGCUUGAACGUUCCGUUUUUCCACGUCUUCGGCCUCGUAAUGGCGGAAAUCUUGUGUCUGCACGCCGGCACCACAAUCGUGCUCGAGGGCCCCACCUUCAACCCCAAGAAUUCCCUGCACGCUGUUGCAAAGGAAAAAUGCACCGUUAUGUACGGAACCCCGACGAUGUGGAUUAACAUAGUAGACGCGCAGAGUCGCAUCGGCGCGCCGGUGGAGUCUCUUUCUCGAGGGGCGACCGGAGGCUCUCCAGCAUCCCCAGAACUCUUCAAGAGGAUUCGCGAGUUCCUUAAGAUUGAUAACAUGAAGUCCUUGUACGGAUUGACGGAAACCACGGCGGCAAUUUUUCAAUCAAUGCCUGGAGAUUCGAGGGAACUUCAAGAAACCACUGUCGGACAUUUAUCCGACCAUGUUGAAGCUAUGGUCGUCGAUGAAAAGUGUUUUCCAGUUCCGUUUGGUACAGCUGGCGAACUUUGGACCCGGGGGUACACCAAUAUGAUGAAAUAUUGGGAAGACCAGGAGAACACAGCGAAAACAAUUACCAAGGAUGGAUGGGUGAAAACCGGAGAUCUAUUCAUCCUACACGAAAACGGUUACGGCCAAAUCGUUGGCAGGUUAAAGGACAUCGUUAUUCGAGGCGGUGAAAAUAUAUUUCCAAAGGAGGUCGAAGACUUUCUCGAAUCUCAUCCAGCAGUAUUGGAGGUACAUGCAUUUGGCGUUCAUGACGACGUGUACGGAGAAGAGCUUUGUGCUUGCGUUCGACUCCAAAAAGGCGCCAAUAUUACCGCAGAAGAGCUUAAAUCAUACGCACUCGGAAAGAUCGCUCGUUUCAAGAUACCGAAAUACAUCGUCUUCGUAAAUGAAUUUCCAAGGACGACUAGUGGGAAGAUUCAAAAGUUCAAACUAAAAGAUGAUAUGGAAAAACAGGGAGCCGUUCCGACUGCUCCGCAGAAAUAAAAGAGACGUGGUAGUAAGAGAUAAUUAGGAAACGUGAAAAGGCCUGUAAUGAAUUUCUAUUUAAUUUCGCAGGGAGAGCAUGACUCUCGAUCGUUAGACAAAGAUCGGUUAAAAUGGCCUUGACCGAGAUUUUCUUGUCUGAUGUUAUGGUAACGAAGCCCGGGACGAUUUCUCGACAAUAUAACUAGAUCUAGAGCGAUCUCUUGACGUUGCACUUGGAGAGUAAUCAGUAUUUCAAAGGAGCCGGCAUUUGAUAGUAUCAAAGUUGGUCAAUUAUACUUAACAGAAAAAAAGAAAAACACACGUAACGCUUAAGCUACGCGUUAAAUAAAUUACUGAUAAGCUAUUUAUUAAUGUGGCAUUAAAAAAAUGGGUGCCAUGCGUAUUAGAAGUGAAACUCUGCCUUCAUUUUUAUGUCACUUUAAAUGACAAUGAUUAACCUGAGAACAACGCACUAACGUUAACGAAAGCGAUCGCGGGAAUUGUCUCGGUACUAACACACAAAGGUGAAUGUAAAUAACUAUUAACGGUACAUAAAUUCAAUACAUGUUUCACUUUUCGUUACGCUCCCACUUCUUAAGGUGUGAUCAUACACUAUACUGUUAUAAGAAGUUUCACUUCAAACUUGGCGGAAAAUAUUAAAAUUGAAUGUCGAAUAUGAACUCUCGGAUACUCGCGGAAUUGUCCCACGUAUUAUCCAAGUAUGAAUGGAAUGUACACUGUAAAAUAAUUCCGGCCAUUUUUUUAUAAUUCUACCAUCUAAUCUAUUAAUCGUAUGUAUAUAUUGCAAUUAAACAGAGGGCGUGGAUAAUGGAAACGAGCAGAGACUUGAAGUAUCUUAUAAAAGUGAUUUCGUAUAUUCUCUAAAAUUUUCGGUGCACAAACGAUAGGAUCAAGUUUUACAGGAUAUCACAGAAUUUAUAA